GAUUAGGGUCGGGCGGCCAACGUGCUCUUCGCCCUCGGGCCGAGAGGCCGCCGACCGCGCGGGGAAGCGCGGGUGGCGCGGGCGGCUCUCAGCCCCCGGGGGUGCCUGGCGGGGCGGUGGUCGAGCCUCGGCCGUAUUGGCCGGCAGAGGCGGGAGGGGUGAGGGAUCCGGUCUCGCGGCAGCCUCGUGGCCUUCCCUCCGGUUCUAGGCCUGCUCUGGGGAGUCUCUGCUUCUCUUGCCUGCAUAACCGUUUCUCUUCUUCCCUGCCCCUGGAAGACCUAGACUUAGUGACGGUGGCAACAAGGGCUGUGCCCUGGGGUAGUAGGCUGUGUAUCUUCUCUAGAUUCUGGCUGCCGCUCGGGGCCUGCGUUUCUCUACAGGGGACCCAGGAUCCAGCAGUGGCAGCCACAUGCCUGCUGGCUAGGCCCGAAUGGGGACCCACCUGACAGUGGUCACAGCUGCCUUAGUCAACCUUGCUGUCCUCACGGCCUGGGGCUGCUGUCCUCAAGCCGCUUUUAGAGCCAAAAGCUCCCCUAGGAAGCCCGCUUCUCAUUCUGACCUUGCCUGGGGAGGGUCCAAGAUUAUGUACUGGGGUUGGGGCGGAGUCCUGUGUCCACUCCUCUUCUCCCUGCUGUCCGUCCUUCUGGUUCCUGUCUACUCGAGCCUCCAGUCGCAUUAUGCUUCCUCUUGCUGCCCGUGAUCUGGUCCCAAGGGAUCAUUCAGCCCCGGUCCUUCCUCCCUUUGCACACGCAGUUAGUUCCUACUGCUCGAAGUGCCCUCCCCAUCUCCAUUACUUGGGCCGAGUUAGCGCUAGGGGAACUGAGCCAUUAGACUAAGUCAGAGUUUCCUAGUUUAAGUGCUUUCAGAGUUCCUUGUACUUCGGUGCUAUUAUCACAGCUAUAAUUUUGGUCAUUUGACUCUUUCCUCCACUAAGCUGCUCCAUGAAGGCAAAGUCCUUAUGCAGUGUUUACUACUGCAUCCCCAUUGCUUCGUGGAGCACCUGGCACCCGGGCAGCCACCCAUUAUGUGUUGGUGGAGUGAUUCAUACACGCCAUGCACUCUGACAGAUGAAUGUAGCUUCUGGGGGCAGACGCUCAAGUUCCAUGGCCACUUUGCCACCCCUCCCUAAGUCCCUGCCAGAGAACACCUGGGGUUGGAGGUCUCUCGGCCAGGACACGUGGAUCCCCACCCACCAAGCCUCAUGGAGGCAGUGACAUUUGGUGAUGUGGCCGUGCACUUCUCGCGGGAGGAAUGGCAGUGUCUGGACCCUGGCCAGAGGGCCCUCUACAAGGAGGUGAUGCUCGAGAACCACAGCAGUGUGGCCGGACUAGCAGGAUUCCUGGUCUUCAAGCCUGAGCUGAUAUCCCGGCUGGAACAGGGACAGGAGCCGUGGGUCCUCGAUCUGCAAGGAGCAGAGGGGAGAGAGGCAGCCAGGACCUCCCGGACAGAUUCUACACUUGGGACUGAGAGUGAGCAGACCUGUAAAGAUAUGGACAGUCUAAAGUCAGAAUCCCGUGUGGUCGUGGUCAAAACCCCGCCCCAGAGUCCUGGCUUUGGAGACAUCUCUGAUCCCGAGGUCUGUUCAGAGACUCAGCCAAGCUCCGUCUUCCAGAAAAACUGCUUGAACACAGGGACUGUGGCUCCCAGAAAGACCUUUGCUGAGGACGAGGCCCAUGGGUGUGGUGAGCGGGGGAGCAGUGGCCGCCUGGGUUGUCAACCUGAUCAAAGUCAGGGGUCCUUCCGAAGAUGUGAUCUGUGUGGCAGGAGUUUCCGAUCUACUUCAGGUGUUGUUCUGCAUCAGGAAGUUAAUACACAGAAGAAGCCUAACAGAUGUCAAGAGUGCCAAAAAAAUUUACCUGAUUGCUUACAGGGGAGACGUCUAAGUACCUUGCAUGGAGAGAAGCCGUAUGAGUGUGAAGAGUGUGGGAAGGUCUUCAGGCUGUGCUCACAGCUUACUCAGCAUCAGAGGAUCCACACUGGAGAGAAGCCAUUUAAAUGUACCGAGUGUGGGAAGGCCUUUCGCCUGAGCUCAAAACUUAUUCAGCAUCAAAGGAUUCACACUGGGGAGAAGCCCUACAGGUGCGAGGAAUGUGGGAAAGCCUUUGGUCAGAGCUCCAGCCUCAUCCACCAUCAGAGGGUCCACACAGGAGAGAGGCCCUAUGGCUGCCGGGAGUGUGGGAAGGCCUUCAGCCAGCAGUCUCAGCUGGCCAGGCACCAGAGGACCCACACGGGAGAGAGGCCCUACCCAUGCCGGGAGUGUGGGAAGGCUUUCAGCCAGAGCUCAACCCUAGCUCAGCACCAGCGGAUGCAUGCUGGGGAGAAACUUCAGCUCCCGAGAACCUCUGAUAGUCCCAGCCUGGUUGCACAUCAGAGAAUGCAUGCUGCCGAGAAACCGUUUAAGUGUGACGAGUGUGGGAAGGCUUUCCGGUGGGUCUCCCGCCUUAGUCAGCAUCAGCUGACGCACACCGGAGAGAAACCUUAUAAGUGCAACAAGUGUUCAAAAGCCUUUGGUUGCAGUUCACGGCUUAUUCGCCACCAGAGAACUCACACUGGAGAAAAGCCAUUUAAGUGUGAUGAGUGUGGGAAAGGCUUUGUCCAGGGCUCACACCUAAUUCAGCAUCAGAGAAUUCACACUGGAGAGAAGCCCUAUGAGUGCAGUGACUGUGGGAAGGCCUUCAGCCAGAGCUCGAGCCUCAUUUACCAUCAGAGGAUCCAUAAGGGGGAGAAGCCCUAUGAGUGCCUCGAAUGUGGAAAAGCCUUCAGUAUGAGCACACAGCUCACAAUACACCAGCGGGUGCACACAGGGGAGAGGCCCUAUAAGUGCAGUGAAUGUGGGAAAGCCUUCAGUCAGAACUCCACCCUUUUCCAGCACCAGAUCAUUCAUGCAGGGGUGAAGCCCUACGGGUGCAGCGAGUGUGGGAAAGCCUUCAGCCGGAGCUCGUACCUCAUCGAGCACCAGAGGAUCCACACUCGAGCCCAGUGGUACCACGAGUAUGGGAACACCCUGGAAGCUUCUACCCACGUGAGCCGUAAGAAAGUUAAUACUGUGAAGAAACUUCAUAAGUGUAAUGAAUGUGAGAAAAUAUUCAGAUGGCGCUCGCAUCUAAUUAUACACCAGAGAAUUCACACAGGAGAGAAACCUUAUAAAUGUAAUGAAUGUGGCAAAGCUUUUAAUAGGAGCUCAAGGCUUACUCAGCAUCAGAAAAUUCACAUGGGAUAGACCACUAACCUUUACAAAUGUGUAUAAAUGUGAAUAAACCUGCAGCCUUAACUUAUCUUACAUGGGAUCAUUUAUACUGACGAUUUAGGACAUUGGGGCAGAUUCAGAAUUGCUCUCUCAGGAAAGGGGGCACCCACAGUGUGUGUUUAUUUGCCAGCACAUUUGACCUUAUCCCCUUCAGUAAAGCCUGUGUCCCUCACAUCAGG